UCCUAUAAUCGAAAUGCAAUGCACAAACCAUUUUUCCUUAACACGCUCGUAAACGGAAAUCAGCUUAGUUAUGCCGUAUCCAAUAACCUUAGCCGCACCAUCAGCAUCAACAAUAUUCCCCUCCGUAAUCGCGCCAGAUUGUGGUCCAGCCUUCUCCCUCGCUCCGCCCAAGGUGGGCUCGGUUCUGAAACUGUCUCACUUGAAGAGCCCGAAGCACACAAAUCUGGUCCUAGCUUAGACCCGUUCGCUCUCGUACACUCGAUCCGAGAAUGUGCCAAUUUGGGUUGGUUUAUGUAUGGUGAGCAGCUUCAUUGUCAUGUUCUGAAAUCUGGCUGGGCUUCCGAUGUAUUUGUUUCUAGUGCCAUGAUCAGUUUCUAUGUGAAGUUUGAGGCUAUCAUUGAUGCUCACAGGGUGUUCGUUGAAAUUCCUGAACCAAGUAUAGUUUCUUGGAAUACUUUGAUUUCUGGCUACGUGCGUUAUGGGGAGCCUAGUAAAGCUCUGAGCUUGUUCUUUGAGCUAGAAAGGUCUGGACUUUGUGCGGAUUCUUAUACCUUUACACCUGCUUUAUCAGCUUGCGGGCAGUUGAGUUUGCUACGUUUUGGAGAGUCUAUACAUUCCAAGAUCGUGAGGCUUGGUAUGGAUUGUAGUGUAGUUGUUGGAAACUCUUUGAUUGACAUGUAUGGAAAAUGUGGACACCCCAACAGAUCAAUCAGGGUGUUCAAUGGUAUGAUCGCUAAGGACACAAUUUCCUGGAAUUCAGUUAUAGCAGCAAAUGCUCAAAAUAAGAGGCUCGAACAAGCCUUCAUUUUUCUACACCAAAUGCCACAUCCGGAUUCAAUUACCUAUAAUGAGCUAAUAAGUGGAAUUGCUCAGUUUGGUGAGAUCGAAGACGCAAUUGCUCUCUUGUCAAGAAUGCCCAACGCGAACUCAUCUUCAUGGAAUUCUAUCGUAACUUGCUAUGUUAACAGAGGCAGGGGAGACCAAGCUCUAGAGUUUUUUUCUAAAAUGCACUUUAGUGGCAUUAGGAUGGACCAAUUCACAUUUUCAAGCAUUUUAAGUGGUACUGCUAGUGUUGCAGAUAUCACAUGGGGAAGAUUGAUCCAUUGUUGUACAGUGAAGAAUGGGUUGAAUAAAAGUGUAGUUGUUGGAAGUGCUCUUGUUGAUAUGUAUUCUAAAUGUGGGGAUGUGAAUAAGGCCGAGGUUCUGUUUGAGACUCUCCCUAGUAAGAAUUUGGUGACUUGUAAUGCUAUGAUAUCUGGAUAUGCCAAUAAUGGCGACUCAAACAAGGUACUUCGUCUAUUCGAGCGAAUGAAAAAGACCUUAGAUUUACAGCCAGAUGGAAUCACUUUCCUCAAUAUCUUGUCUGCUUGUUGGCACAACAAGGUACCUAUGGAGGUUGCAAAGAAGUACUUUGAGUCAAUGGUGAAGGACUACGGGAUCACGCCCACAGCCGAGCACUGUUCAUCUGUGAUUAGGCUCAUGGGGAGGGAAGGAGAGGUGGAAGGUGGUGAGAAUAUGAUCAAAGAGAUGGGAUUUGAGAAAUGUGCACUAGUUUGGAGAGCUCUAUUGGGAGCUUGUGUGACUUGUGGGGAUAUAAAAGUUGCAGAAGUUGCAGCUGAAAAGGUGAUAGGGUUGGAAGGUGAGAGUGAUUAUGUUUAUGUAUUGAUGUCUAAUGUUUAUGCUUCUUAUAAAAAGUGGAAAGAUGUUAAGGGAAUGAGGAUGUUCAUGAAAGAGAGACAGGUAAUGAAAGGGUGUGGUCAUAGUUGGAUUGAGUCAUUUAGGUCUAAAAAUGUUUUUUAAACUCCGCGUAUAUCCACUGUCUAUUAUUGGCAACUUCACAAGUUUUUCCCCAUCUUGCAACAGUAGCCCAUGAUGGGAAAGAGAUGUUUACAUUCAGAAGAAUUUACAAUCUAAAAUCAGAUCCUUCGGCAUCUUUUAAGUCCAAUGUGCAAUGGAAUUUGAUACCAAGUGCAUAAACUGCAUAUUAUCCUAGACCCAAAACACUAAAUCCUUCCACAUAAUAGCAAUACAUGGGGGAGUGGCUAAACAAUGGAUGGUGUGCUCUCCUUCCUAGAGAGGCCUAGGAGAUGGGGAUCAGGGGAGGUCUUAUUCAGGCUAAGGACAAAGUUUGGGAAAGAAUUGAUAUUAAAUAUGACUCUUUGUCAGCCAUUGUUGGGAUCGGGCAGGAUGCGGGAUCAUCUGAUUUUGGCGAGAACGUGUGGGUUAAUAUUCCCAAUACUCCGUCGAAUGUCUCGUUGUCACGGCGGCCUUCGUUGUGAAACCCAAUCUUGAUGUGAGCUGAGGGGUAGUGAUGUUCCUCCUCGAAUUCAGUCGAGGGGUACAUAUGAUGGAAUGCCCUUCCCUCAAAACAUUUCCAGCCAAAUAUUAUACGUCGUAACUUGUAAAAGUACUGUAAUUGGACUUUGUCGAGAAAGCUGGAUAGAAGAUGCUAAAGAUAUUUGAGGAAAAUGGUUGCAUGUCAGAUAUUAUGGUAUACAGCGUACUCAUUUGUGGGUUAGUGAAAAAGAACGGGAUUGUAAUGAUGUAUUACUUUUGGGGGAAAUGAAAAAACUUGGACCCUCACCUGACAGUAGAACAUGUCAGAUUAUACUCGAGCCAAUCUUGCGAAAUGGACCAGAUUCUCCUCUGAUGCAUAUGCUUAUGAAUAUACAAGAAAAUGACAAAAAGUCGUGAUUUUAAACCUUCUCCUAGAAAGUGGGAGUUGGUACCCAGACGUACUCAAUCGCCCCAUAUUUCCCUUAGAAACAUGUUUCCAUCGUGUGGCAGAGGGGGUUCACUUCCAGUGCACAGCACCCUUUUCUGGGUAAGCCUUCUAUCUCGUACCAUCUAUUUAUUCACCCAUUUUUGCUAACAAACAAAGUACUGUUCAAACAAAAGUAUUUGAUUAAUUUAGGUGUUGUAUGCGUGGAGUUAUUCAAAUUAGAGGAAGCAGGGAGAAUGACAUUUGAUUGGCUAGAGAGAGUGAAAUGGCCUAUUUUCAUCAAUUAGGUGGUGCCUAAUUUUCAUCAAUUAGGUGGCCUAUUUUAACAUAUCUUUUAGCAUUUUGAAAAAUCCAUCCGGGUAUAUGCUAAAGUAACUAAAGCUUGUUAUUUCAACAUUUUCCAUCAAGACAUUUAAGAAUAUGUAUCAAGAUAUAUGUACUGUACUCCAUUUCUAGAUAUGAAAAAUUACCGAAACAAACUAUUAAUAUAUGCCUCUCUUAUUGUCUUGUUUGAUUUCUUUGCUUCAGUAGAGUUGCCCCCAUUUGUAUACUGGAAAGAUCAAAGGCAUUAUUCCCAUGUUAAAAACAUAAACUAUAUGUUUGGCUUUAAGGCAUCUUAACAGCAAUUUCUUACUUGGAAUGUACAAAUAUGAAUUACUUCUAGAGUUCUAGGUUGAGGUGGACAAUAAGUGAAAGAGUUAUUUCCACUUUUAGUCCUCCGACUAUUAUGUCAUUGAUACUUUUGGUACUCGACUUUGAUUUUUUCCAUUUUUAGUCCACGACUAUUGCGCUAGAGACACUUUUGGUACCCGUCUUUGAAAGUUUCCAUAUCUAGUCCUUCAACUUUCAUAAAUUUACACUUUUGGUCCUUAAAAUAUUAUAAUAGUAACAUUUUUAGUCCUCCAUUUAUUGUGUCUAAAUCAUAAUGGGAGGACUAAAAGUGUCAAUUUGACAAUAGUCAGGAGACUAAAUGUGGAAAAUCUUGAAGUCGGGGACUAAAAGUGUCUCUAGCACAAUAGUCGAAGACUAAAAAUGGAAAAAUUAGAAAUCAAGUACCAAAAGUGUCAGUGACAUAAUAGUUGGGGGACUAAAUUUUUAUGUGAACUUUUUUGUGACAAUAGUCAGUGACAAAAGUUCACAAUAGUCCACGACCAUAGUCAGUGACAAAAGUUCACAAUAGUCGUGGACAUCCAAUAUACCAUGCUAUAUUGGACAUUCUUUUCACCUAUUCAGUUUGAGACUAUUAAUUUUUCUCUGCUAUCAUAUUCUCAUGUCUUUUGUGUGCAAGUCCUAUUACCAAAAACUAUUGGUUUUUCUGAACAAAAAAGAGAGUUCUACUGCAGAAAGAAUGAUCAGGAAAGUUUUUGACAUAAAGAGCAUUGCAAUAAUGAUAAGGGUAGUGUUAAUGUUCCCUAUACCUUGACGUGUAGCAAUUAAUCAAGAUUUCAGUAUCGUUGCAAAUGAGCUGCCCCUUUUUCUGAUUCAGAAUCUUUCUUUACAUGUAGAUUGUCGAGUUAAUAUAUUUAUUGACUCCACAUGUUACCAAUAUUUCACCAGUAUCAAACAAGUUGCAUGAGUGUGCUGGCUUCAAUAGGUUCUUAUAUGUGGACUGAUUCCCUGUUAUUGAACUCCAAUUAGUUCUUGCUAACCAAUGCCUAAUUGUAAAUUUGUAAUGCAAUCAUUUUUCCAACGUUACAUGCUAGGCUGGACUGCUGGGGUGUCAAAUAGUCAAUGGACUCUGAAGGUAUAAAAUUUGGAAGAAGUAUGCCUAUGCCAGAUUGAUGUAUUCAUAAGUUGUAUACUUAUGAGAUUGAUCUCUUUUUGAUAGCAUGAUCUUUUUACAGAAAACACUUUUAUCUUUUAUCCUUUUUCAUCAAAGAGAUUGAUUCCGAAAGUCAAACUUUCACUUGCUUUCCAACACAGUCGUGCUUAAAGUAAUCCAUAAAAAAUCCAAUUUUUGCAACUCAUUUUCUUUCACAAUUCCGCAACCAAUUGUGUGCCUGAUGCAGUAUUUAAGGUGGGCUCAUUGAAGUUCAGGUUGUGAUAAUCUUUAUGCAUUAAAUAGAUUUAUAACAAUGCUUUUGUCUGCUUCGUUUUGUUCAACCUAAAAGAUUAGAACUCGUAUGAGUCCACCAUUACUUCCAUGAUUGGAUGUAAUGGUCAUUAUUGCUAACUACUGGUGCCUUAUUUAAUUUUUUAACGAUCCCACCAUCAAGUUUCCCUUUCCUUUAUUUUCAUGGUCUCUAUUGCUAACAAAUGGUGCAUAAUUUAAUUUUUUGGCAGUGUCAUGACAAAUGUAAUGUUGCUCAUUAUUUAAGUUCCUGCUUAAUAAUUAGCGUUUGAAAAUUUUGAAGUUUGUUUAAAUUUUUAAAACAUUAAGUGCUUGUGUUAUUUCAAGUUGCUGUUAGUUACCUAUCAAAUUCUGCACUUCUCCAGCUUGUUAUUCAUAACCAAAAUUUGUUUCCCUAUUACGAACUUCACAUAUUCAUAAUAUUUACCUUUUAUGUUCACUGUUUAUCAGAGCUUCACGGUGAUAGAUUGGUUCGUGAGGUUUAAACCAGUGAUAAAGUGACAGUAGAGCUUCAAUGAUGUUUCUGAUAUCAAGCAAAUCAGUCAAAACUUACCAUAACACUACCAGCUCUAACAUAACCUAUUAGCUACCCAUGUCUUUCCCCAUGUCUUUUCAUUAUUCUUGUUUUUUUAUCAAAUUGUUUUUACUUAUAAAAACUUGACCUUUUCAUGAAGUGUCAUUUGACUUGAUAAGAAUUAAUGCGAUCAUGGUCAUGGUGUAUAUGAUUGUGUUUACAAAGUCUAAAUAUAAUUUAGAAAGUUAAUUAUAUCUCAUUUUCAUUUUGAAAUUUCCAAGUUAAAAUCAAACAUAAAAACUUAUUUUCAUUAGCAUUUGUUUUUUGCUCCCUAAUCAUUUCGGGCAUUUACCAUACAGAUUUCUCAGGUGGUUUGAGGUGGUUUGAGAUCUGAUCAUCUGGAUGAGAGUUUAAUUUACAGUUUCUAAUGAGCAGGUUCAAUAUCCAAGGGUUCUUAUAGUUUCAGAAUUUGGGACUGACAAGGACCAAGCUAUACUUUAUGAUGGUGCAAGGACUACCUCUGGGAAGUUACUCACUGUUUUCUUUCACUUGGUACAAGUGUACAACAUUUUUAAGUAGGGUUGUAUGUCAUUUUAUUAGAUUUCGAAUACUCAUAUUGUGAACAUAUACUCUGCCGAUGUACUUAUAUAAGAUUUCAUGAAAAAAAUAAGAAUUUUAUUUGUGGCAUUGCUAUCUGACA